UUGAGGGGGAAUAGCUUGUGGAAUUCCCGCUAUCUUCCUAGCGAAAAUAGUUUCCUCUCAUCGCAUCUCUAAUCAUGCACUCGCGGCGAGUGACAAGCGCUGACAUUCAAUGGUCGAGAGCGACCGGAUAAAACUGAGUAAACUUCGCGCCCAGUACUCAAAGGUGAAAGCUGUUGUGACCCACGGGCUAAAAUGGAGUUGAGGUGGUCCUCCUACAAUGGUCAAGCGAUAGUCUGAUGUUAUCGAAGAAAAAAGACCUCAAAUAUCUGCGAGAUGGUGUGGCAGGCAAGUACGUCAAAAAGGAAACACCGCCGCACGUACCAGUGGUGAACACCUGGACUACCGCAAAUCACCGGCAGAACCAGCGGUCGCCCGAAGAGGUGCAGGAACACUCCGCUUCGGAGCCUGCUAGCUUGGCCCAGAAAUGUGCUCGGGCCUGUCAGAAUCGGGCAUGCCAGCAGAGCCUGUCUCUGCCUCAGGGUGCCUCCGGAAAUGCCAAAGAGCACAACGCUCCGCUGGGGCCAGUUUCUCAGGUCCUGCGUCUCCGGUUCCUGCCACGCAGCAUUCUCAUCCAAGCACGGCAUCAUCUUCGUUGGCAGUUGGGGGUGCAUCCCUGGGUGUUCCCGAACAAAACUCGGCCAGCUCGUCGCCAAAGGCGAGGCAUGUGGCGACCAGCACCGUCGGGUGAGGCCUCUCAUUACAGAGUUGCUGUACUAUUUGUGGGUGUGAAUGUCAGUGUGGCGGCAGCGAGGCCUAUCGCCACGGUACCGCAGCUGGUACCGCAGCAGGUGGUACUUGUCUCACCGCAGGGUCAGGCGCACAGCACUCACGUGUAUGCCAAUCCUUACGUCUCGUCUCGACCGUCAUUUGCCCAUGAGUCACCCAUGCACCUGCUGAAGGGCAGUGCCGGUCCGUUUUUCGAAGGCGAGUCGGCUGCUCUUUGCAUUCUUUUGGGAGUGUUCGAUGCUCACUGCCUGAUUUCCAUCCCUACAGAUUCUCAACACCAGCAGCAGCAACAGCAACCUGUGCAGUCAUCACUGACGAUUGGCGGAGCUACGGGAGGCAUGUCGGCGGAUGAACGGCUGGCUCUUGACUCGGCGUUGCAGGACAACUACUACCACCAGAUGGAGGAGAACUACCAGAUCCAGCUUUACCACCAGCAGAAGCGGCAGCAGUACGCACAGCAGGCUGCCCACGCCCAGUCAGCCCUGCACUCCAUCGAGCACCACCAGCCCCUCCACAGUCAGGGUCCACCGCACAUUACUCGGGUGUCCGUGAACGCGGGAGGCUCGAGCCCCAUGAGCAGCAACAACAGCGUGAGCAGCCAGCACCAGCAACUUCCAUCGCCGGUGUCGAUAUCGGCGACCACGGUGGUCACGUACACGCCAGGUAUCUUCAGCUCCAGCCAGCUCCUGCCCACGGCCAUCACGAGCGCAGCCGCCACUGCGCUUCCUAUCACGAGUGGCCACCUCGCUGUCUCCUCCUCCGCUGCUGCUGCCGUGGUGACAACCGCAUCUCCGACGUCCAGUCAUCCGCAGCUCCUUAGCGUCGCUCCGCAGAACGCGCCGUCCGCCGGUGGUAGCAAUACAUCUUUGCAGAGAUUUCAAAACAGCGGCGGAGGCUCGCAGCCGCGGCUGGCCGCCAAGAAUGCGGAGGAGCUUCCCCUGCCGCCGGGCUGGACCGUGGACUACACGAUGCGUGGCCGGCGCUACUACAUUGACCACAACACCAAGACCACCCACUGGAGCCACCCGUACGAGAAGGAGGGGCUGCCCACCGGCUGGGAGCGCGUCGAUUCUCCUGACCAUGGUGUCUAUUAUGUCAACCACAUCACCAAACAAGCACAGUACGAGCACCCGUGCGCCACCCAGUACGGACAGAGCGGCAGCUCGCCUCCCAUGAGCCACCUGCCACCUCCCCGGCACACUAACUUUCAUCAGCACAGCGUGCUGGUGCCAGCGAACCCUUACCUCACUGAAGAGAUCCCGAAGUGGCUCUACAUCUACUCAAGGGCACCUCAGGAGUCUGACCACAAGCUGAAGUGGAGCCUCUUCAGGCUGCCGGAGCUGGAGUGCUUCCAGGCCAUCCUGAAUCGGCUGCACCGGCAGGAGCUGGAGGAGGUCGUCAUGAGCUAUGAGGUGGAGCGCCUGGCCAUAGCCAAGGAGAUGGAGCGGCGCCAUGCACUCGAGCUGGCCAAGGGUCGCAAGGCCUCCACCAAGUUAUGACUUCUCCGCGGAGAGAUGAAAGAAUGAUAAACCUCGGGUGCGGCAACACCACCUCCUAGUCACAAGAACGUCUGCGUGCCGCAAAUGUCAUUGUGCCCCGCCUGCUUCUUAGCAUCGUCGAUCCCUGCCAUGCGGCUUCGGGGGCCGCGCUGGUCGUGCGUCCUCGACGCCUGCCGUUGCUUCGUCGGUGGCUGUGCGGUGAAAGAGUGUUGUUGUUUUUGUUUUCUCUUGGAAUGCAGAGCGUGUGUGUGCGUGCUGGUUUCCGUUGUUACCGUCGUUCCUUGCUCACAGAGCUCGGUCUAUCUUACGAAGUUUCUUGUCUGUCUGUUUACUUAUUACCAUUUAAGGAAUAUUGGGUGUCACAGAGAUGCAGCUUUUAUGUGUAUUAGCACUUACGAAAUAGUGGUUGUAAAAAUGGGCUGUAGUUUGUACAUGUGUUACUGCUAUAAUGGAACACAGGGUUUUGAAGGCUUGCCGUCUGUAUACACGUUACCUUUACGGAACACUAGCUUUUAUGAUUGGAAAAAUUGACAACCACCCUGUUAGUUUGAUUGUCACUUUUUCUUGUAGCACAGAGCUGUGAAGAUAUAUCUACGGAUUUUUUGGAGAGAAAAGAUUUUAGUCAAAGAAAAAUUUGUCUUGUCCCAGGGAUCGAACUCGAAACCAGUGCCUAUUUGGGGCCUCCUUGCGGGGUUCCACAUUUGCAGUACCAGUUUUUAUGUAGUGUAGAUGCCGGUGGCUGCAGUGCAUCUUAUUUCGGAGCAAACCCUUUUUGUGGCUCUUUCAUCCGUUUUUCUGGUGGUCGGACUACCACUAUCGAUAGAAAAAUUACUAUGAAAAGAGACUGAGCAUUCGCGCAUCUAAGGUACGGGACAAGCUUAUCACUGAACACCGAGUAAUACGACUUGUAACUAUCAGGCGCAUGUGCUGCCAACCUGUACUGCUACAGGUAUCCUUAAUAAUGACUCUUAUUUUUUAUUUGUGGAGUUAUACUAUGAGAAAGCUACCUCUGUCUAAAGCAUCCACACUGCAUCAAACAUACGUUUUUUCAGGCACGUCAUUACUUCUAGAAAGCAAAUCGAUUUCUUGAAGCAUGUGGCCACUCAGUGGCAUUGGUGAUCAUUGAGUUCGUACUGGACGAGGUGUCGUAUGAUGUGACAGCAGGUGUUGUUACUGCUGUGCACAUCUAGUAACUCGGUAUUCUGUGCAUUCUAAUGCGUAUACAGACCUCAGGUGCUCCAAUACAUGUGCCACACGGACAAGGCGAAAUGACUUUAGUCACAUUUAUGUGAAUACUUCAGUGUCACACGGCAGCGCAUUUCCAGUGCGUCGCACCCACGUAGAAGCUGCAGUGCACUACAGUCAGUCACAUCCUUAGAAUAAAUUGCUUAGAACAAAUACAAGCUCUUCGGCCCCAGAACUGCAACUUGCCUGCUAAUCAUCUGGACAUAAGAGUCGUACUACCAUUUUGCUUCUAGUUUAAGCACCAUGCAUGUAUAAUUCGUCAUGUUUACUUAAAGUAUUGCAUUCCGAGAGUAGUGCCAUUGGAAUCUGCUGAUAUUUGCCUGGAAGUUUGUUUUCAGCUGAACACCACGGAACUAAACACGUAUAUGUAUAAGAAAAUCACCUGCCUGAAAUAUCACGAAAAGUACAUGACGUCAUGGAGCACUCGUGGAAAUUUUGUCCGGGCUGGACAGGGACGGCUGUGGGCGGAGCUUACUGUUAUUUUUGGGUUGCAACUGACCGUAGAAGGCACAUUGAAUUCACGAGCCGGGGUAGGGUAGACUUAUGACCCCGAGCAAACUCGCACAGAAAUGCAAGUGUGUUGCAUCAGGGAUCGUGGGAAGGGAUCAGCUGCUGACUGUCACGCCGGUCAAGCUGCAGGACGGCAGUGCCCUGCGACAGUCGGCACGGCAACCUUCUUACACAUUCGAUGCACUACCAGGAACCAGCUACAAUGGAAGAGCGAGCCCGGGUGCGCUAACGCACUGCACAUAAAAUGCUUACAUUGCCUUUUCCCUAAAAGGACUUGGAAAUGCAGUGUGCUACUAGCGCGUUAUGCUUGGCGACAAUUUAUCUUGGCAGUAGAACGAUGGCUACGGAGGAGGGUAAUCCAGACAUUUGUGUUUCCAUGCAAGUAGUCUGCAAGCUCGCAGCCGAUUUCAGUUCCAGUUUUGGUUUCGCUCGUGUGCAGCCCUCGUCGACAGUUCAGGCCGACUCCACUUUACCCCAGCACGGACGUUGCAGAUAAUUUGCUUGGUCUGUUCUUGCAGCCACUUUCUGUCACACACUGGGUAUAUCUUUCUCGGGGAAUGAAACAGCGAGUUAGUGGCCGCACAUGGUCCAGCCGGCAUCGGGGACGCCAUGUUUACUGUAGGAACAGGCAUGGGGAAAACGUGCCAAAAAAUGGAGACAGAAAAAAUUUUGAGGCGUACAAAAAUUUUUCACCACCAGUGGCUUCCCAUACUCGUUCUAUUUUUAUAAUGAAAAGACUUUAUUUUUCAGAGGUAGGCAACUCUGAAAAUUAGAAAGUGAGAAUAUGUACUACUACUUGGCGCUCACGAAGGCAAGUGUUUUGUUCUGUAUUUUCCGUAGUAACUACCUAGAAAAGUUGUCGCUGAGUAUAGUGUAAGUGAGUUGUAUAUUUGUCAACUUCUGAUUAUUGAAAUGAAACUCUGGAGUGCCCCCAAGCUUGACUUAACGAGAAUCAGCCGUAUAAUAAAAUAUGCCAGUGAUGUUUUUUAAUAAAUUUUUCCAGAUACCCUA